CUCUCUGAUAGCCGUAACGUGGAUGGCGCCUCCUGCCAGAGGGAGAGGGCAGCUCCAUCCAGUCUGCAGGCGGCGCCGGCAGCUACGGCAAACACACUGCUCACUGCUCACCAGCCUCUGGACACUCCAAGCUAUGGACCCGGCAGCCGCUUCCCAGUGGGCGGCGCAGACUGCCAGCGUGUGCCCCGUGGGCGGCGCCGCCGGCGCGCUCUUCGUGCAGCUGCUGGCAACGCUGGUGAGGGCGCAGUGCCUGCUGUCGGACCGCAGCGCCUACCCGCCGGACACGGCGCUCCCGCUGCCAGAGUACGACUUUGUGGUGGUCGGCGCUGGGUCCGCCGGCUCCGCGGUGGCCGCUCGCCUCUCGGAGAACCCCGAAUGGAAGGUGCUGCUGCUCGAGGCGGGGGCCGACCCGCCGCCCACCUCUGACAUCCCCAGCUUCUACCCUAUGCUGGCGAAGACUGAGGUGGACUGGGCCUACCUGACCGAGCCAGACGGGCGGUCGUGCCUGGCGUUCAAGGGCGGGCGCUGCCCGAUGCCGCGCGGCAAGGCUCUGGGGGGCACCAGCGCGCUCCACGCCAUGAUCCACAUCCGCGGCAGCCCUCAGGACUACGACGCCUGGGCCGCGCUGGGCAACGACGGCUGGGCGUACCGGGACGUGCUCCCGUUCUUCAAGAAGCUGGAGGCCUUCGACGAGAAGGAGCUGCAGAGGCGGCCGCACACCGAGUCAGUCCACGGCCGCGACGGUGCCAUCCGGGCUACGAAGUCGGAGUCCCCACUUCCCUACACGGUCGCUCUGGAAGAGGCUGUCCGAGAGCUGGGAUUCAACAUUAUCCAGGACUACAGCGCCGAGCCGAACCUGGGGUUCGGGCACGUACCUUGCAACAUCGAAAACGGCACCAGGUGGAGUGCCGCUCGCGGGUACCUAGCGCCAGCCAAGGACAGGGAGAACCUGCAAGUCGCCAAGUCCGCGUACGCGACGAAGGUGCUCGUCGAUCCGAAGACAAAGGCGGCGUACGGUGUACAGUUUGUAAAAAACGGUGAGCUGAAGGAAGUUAGAGUUAAGAAGGAGGUUAUCGUUUCGGCAGGAGCUAUCGACACCCCUCACAUACUGAUGCACUCGGGAAUAGGACCGAAGGACCACCUGGAGGAGUUCGGUAUAACUGUGAUAAAGGAUCUGAAAGUCGGAUACAAUCUACAGGAUCACCAGGUUUACACUGGGCUCUACUACACGAGGGAGCCUCCGCCGAAGAAGUCGCUCGAGGAGGCCGCCUUCGAGUACUUGAUGAACAGGACGGGGUUGCUGUCGGCCAGCAGGACCAGCACGUUUACAGGGUUCGUCCGGACGGAUCGGGCGCCUCCCAACCGAGUGGGGCUCCCGGAGGUGGACUCGCCGAGCUACCCGGACGUGCAGAUGCACUACUCGUACGUGGAGAGAGGACAUUCGGGCGCGCUGGCCGCGUUCUACAACUACGGCGAGGAGGCGGCGGCGGCCCUGGCGAGGCUGACGGAGCGCGACGACGCGCUGCUGGCGAUGCCGGCGCUGCUGGCGCCGACGAGCCGCGGCCGCGUGCGUCUGGCCGGCGCCGACCCGCGCCUGCGGCCGCUCGUCCAGGCGGGCUACUACGCCGACCCGCGCGACCCUGACAACCACGUGGCCGGCGUCGCGGUCGCGCACCGCGUGGGCGCCGCGCGGGCGAUGCGCGCCGCCGGCUACUCGGUGCGCGACCUGCCGCUGGCGGCGUGCGCCGACCGGCCGCCGCUGACGGAGGACUACUGGCGCUGCGCGCUGCCGCACCUCGCGACCACGCUCUUCCACCCGGUGGGCACCGCCAAGAUGGGGCCGGCCGGCGACGCCGACGCCGUCGUCGACCCGCAGCUGCGCGUCCACGGCGUGCGCAACCUGCGCGUCGCCGACGCGUCCGUCAUGCCGCUGAUCGUGCGCUGCAACACCAACGUGCCGGCAAUCAUGAUCGGCGAGAAGUGCGCCCACAUGGUCGCCCAGCACUGGCGCCGCCGCGACGACGCUCACCCGCUCAAGGAGGAGUUGUGAAGAGACAACCUUUCCCGUAUGUCAGUCAAGAUAACCGGUUUCACGUAAUGUGGUCCGUAUUCAGGCCAUAUACGUUAUGAAACGUCCCCUUAGAAAAUUUAUACAAGACUGUGCUUAAACUGAAACACAAUAUUUUUUAGCGCAACGCAAUCUGACUUUCAAAAAUCCCUACGAAAGAAUGGCCCUGACUAACAUUAACCUAUACGUUUCACAAAUUACUUACCUCACAAAAAUCUUCGAUACUCAAGCUACUGCAAUACAGCGAGCGCCACUACUGCCAGCUAAAUAAAAGAUUCAAACUGCUGAAGGCACUAACUACUGAUAGGCAUAGUUAGCAAAUGAAAGAUUUUAAUAAAGAACAAACAAUGUAUUUACCUCACUAGUCAUAAUAUAUAUAGCAGUUCAUGACACCAGCUCUUACAAAUUUGAAAACUCCGCCAUCUCUCUCCCCACGUCCACCACUGCUGGCGGCUCACCUCCAACUGCGCAACGCUACGCGCUGUUAACAUCCAGCUGCCGCUGCUCAACACUACAAUGGCAGACAACAAUGCAAACUAAACACAUACUGCGCACAGCACAGCCAGUGAUUUUUCAUACCGAGCGCUAAGCGUGAAACGUCCCCUUUGAAAAAUUUAUACACGACUGUGAUUAAACUGACACACAAUAGUUUUUAGCGCAACGCAAUCUGACUUCCAAAAGUCCCUACGAAAGAAUGGCCCUGACUAGCAUUAAGCUAUACGUUUCACAAAUCACUUACCUCACAAAAAUCUUCGUUACUCAAGCUACUGCAAUACAGCGAGCGCCACUACUGCCAGCUAAAUAAAAGAUUCAAACUACUGAAGGCACUAACUACUGAUAGGCAUAGUUAGCAAAUGAAAGAUUUUAAUAGAGAACAAACAAUGUAUUUACCUCACUAGUCAUAAUAUAUAUAGCAGUUCAUGACACCAGCUCUUACAAAUUUCAAAACUCCGCCAUCUCUCUCCCCACGUCCACCACUGCUGGCGGCUCACCUCCAACUGCGCAACGCUACGCGCUGUUAGCAUCCAGCUGCCGCUGCUCAACACUACAAUGGCAGACAACAAUGCAAACUAAACACACACUGCGCACAGCACAGCCAGUGAUUUUUCAUACCGAGCGCUAAGCGGCGUUGCCAAUAAGAAAACGUAAACAGCCUACUUACAACGUAGUGACACAGUAACCUAUCUUACAGCUAAUCUAGGGCGUGGGUUGGGUUGUUUUGGGGGAAGAGACCAAACAGCGAGUUCAUCGGUCUCAUCGGAUUAGGGAAGGAUGGGGAAGGAAGUCGGCCCUUUCAAAGCCCAAGACUAACCUUAUUCUAUUUAAUACCGUAGAGCUUCAGAAACAAAGUUCAAUAUUAAAUUCAGCCACUAGCUUAACUUACAAUUUUCCGGUUUUAGUAAUUCUUUUGCUAAAUUAAGUCAGAGUGUAGCGAAUUUUAUUACAUUCAGUUUUCACACAACACGUGUCAACAUUCAGUUGCCACGCUUUUGGUGCUAAUUAUAUGUGCAUUAACCUUUCUUUUGCAGUUACUAUAGUAGGACUGACGACCGUAAUUUUCCCCAAAUCUCUAAUAUCUAACUAACGCCAGUUAAUUGUUAACGUAACAACCGGACAUUUACUUUCUUUAUUAACUUUACCCAUUUUCAAAAUUAAUUUCCACCAGUUUCAUUGCAUUUUCCUUUCAUUUAGAUGUGGCCCUUCCUCCCUCUUUACCGACAGAUUAACUUCGGUGACGACUGCUUUUCCCAAAUUUCCAUUAUGUAAACGCAGUUUGAUUUUUCACUGUCAUUAAGGUCCAUAAGUGAGGUGGAGGUUACAUGUUGAGGAAUUAAAUUAUGAAAUGAGACACUUAAAGUAGUAGAUACGUUUUACCAUUUGGGCAGCAAAAUAACUGCCCCUUCAAAGGAACCAUUCCAGCAUUUGCCUGGAGCGAUUUAGGGAAAUCACGGAAAACCUAAAUCAGGAUGGCCGGACGCGGGAUUGAACCUUCGUCCUCCCGAAUGCGAGUCCAGUGUGCUACCACUGCGCCACCUCGCUCGGUGUAAGCUACACCGUGUUUCAUAUUUCAUGUUACACAUUUCUAAAGGUUGUAGAGGGCACUUUAGGAGAUCAGUUUUACGUAGGAACUCAUGUUCUGAAACGUAAUACAAAGACACUACGGAGCGUCAAAGUUAAUAGGUGCCGGUGUCUGUAUACAGGAUGAAAAGUAUUUAAACCGACAAACUCUAGGAGGUUGUAGGAGACAUCAAAACAAAUAUUUUUCCGUAAUGUAAUUUUUCCCUAUGAGGAGUAUUUAAACCGGUACAGGAAGAUUUCUCUGGCGACAAAUUAAUUAAACCAACAAAAAAGUCCAGAGGGGACAUUUCUGGUGAUCGAGCAGGCCAUGCUACAGGACCACCUCAGCCAAUCCACGUUUCUGGGAACCGUCGGUCCAGGAAUCGACGCACACGACGAUUGAAAUGUGCCGGCGCCCCGUCAUGUUGGAACCACAUGCGUUGUCUCUAGUGAGAAAAUUGUAAUAGUGCCUGCCUUUUAAUGACCUAGGUAGCAGAUACGGCCCAGUUAAACAGUCUCCAACAAUACCGACCCCCACAUUAACAAAGAACCGCACUUGAUGAGCGCUAGUAACUGUAGCAUAUGUAUUACCGUAAUAGGGCCAGUAAACCGAAAGUACUCUAGCAGAGUCUGCAUGGCGUUAGCAGUCAGCGGUGGUCGCUGCGGGAAUACUGAUUAUUCUUUCUGUUUUACAGUCCCUGAUAGUACAUACUGAAAAAGGAAUAUCGCACUACACUAAUUUCGGACCGCUCUAUCGAAUGGAUACGAACAAUUACGCUUUACAAAUGAUAUUAAUUGUUGCUGGAAAAAAAUUGACGUUUUCCGGCGACACUGGUCGUCGCGAGAAGCGUGAUGAGCAGUAUGUGAUUGGACAGACUCUACAUAUACCUAGUCUAAACACACAUACUCGAACAGCUUAAUGCGCCAGGCCGAAUACGGUUUUAAGAAAAUUUUUAAUUUUCCACGCUUAUUGAGGCACAUCCUGAUCUCAUCCCAAAUCUCUGCCUCUCGAUUUACGACACAAAAACAGCUAAAAUGCUAUAACACACAGUUAAAAUGUAACUCACUUCACAAAAAAAUGGAUGGUGCACGCCACUUCCCUCCUUUACGACUGUGGCAAAAACAACAACAACAUAGAAACAGCUGGCAGUGUUUCUUUGUUUCUGUAAGAUGGGAACUGUGUACUAUGAGUAUGUCUGAACAUGUCACACUAUAUCGGAGACCGGUAUUCUUGAAAUAAUAAACAGCUUUUGACACAUUGGUACAAGGGAAGAGUUGUCUCUUUUUAUGUUCAGUCUGACGCCAUAGGGGAUGUAUGAAAUUCCAUUUUCACAGACCAGUCACAUUAACUGGUCGCGAAGACUGUGAUGAGUUCAGCGAUUUUUAUCAUCAAUAAUGUUCGACGAGCUCAGUGUGUUCGUAGCAUUAGUUAUCAAACGUAAAGCCUUCAAGUUUUGUACCUGGGUUGUGACUCAACCGUUCAAUAUUUUCAGAAAGUCAUAUUUAUGUACAAUCAAGAAUUGCUGAUAAAAUAAAACUUUAUUUGCCACCUGU